AUGGACACUGUGAGUUGGAAUGUCUUCCGACUCUUGGCUGAUUUCUUGCACCUGGGAGGCAUGAGCUUUGGCCUGGCUGCCAUUGUGUCUUCAAGAUCGGUGGCAGGCUUCUCCAGGAAGACCCAGGUCCUUUUUCAGCUGGUGUUUGUGUCGAGAUACCUCGACAUCUUUACGCAGCACCAAGGCCUUUACUUGUUGUUCUUCAAGGUUACUUUCAAUUUGAUUACAGCCUUUAUGCUAUGGCUCUUUCAUAAGCUGCACCAGACCUACGAAGCAGCAGCCGAUUCGUGCAAUCUCUUAGCAUUGGUGGCGCCGGCAGCCAUCCUCGCCUGGCUCAGUGGGGGCAUGGGCUUGCGGGAGGAGGCCUGGACCUUCUCGGAGUUGCUGGAGCCAUUGGCUUUGAUACCGCAGUACAUCGUCUGCUACAGGGCUUCGAAGGUGAGACCAGCAGCGGUGAUCUACGUGCUCGCAGUGGGAGGGUACAGGACGCUCUAUGUGUGCAAUUGGAUCUACAAGGUGAGGGCAGUGAAGCAAGCAGUAACACAUGACAUGACUGCAGCCUUGUUUUCGAUCUUCCCUUUGGCUGUGUUUUGGAUGCGAGAUCCCCCAAGCACCCAAAAAACCCGUUGUUAUCCGUUGUUCACUGUUUUUCACCCAGCUUUUCAGCUUUUCUCCAAGUCUUCCGGGGCGUCGCCAGCGGCGCUUUUUCGUCGCCAGCGCUACGUGUGGCAUGGGGCCUACCAUGACUACACCUCUUGGAUCGGCGGCGCUUUAGAGGAGCAGCCGGUCGUUCAGUCGGCGCUUUCCCGGCCAUUUGUGAUGCGAUAUUGGAUGAUACUGGCUGGUUAUACCGCCAAUACAUUUGUCUGUAAAGACAUGUUUUUAGUAAUCUUUUAG